GUGUUUUCAGCCAAUCACAGAGCAGCUGCUGUGUCAACAGCAUCCGCUAAGCAGUUUAGCAUCAGGCUGACGGGAAGCUAAGCUAUAGACACGUAGCAGCCCUUCUCGCCUUGUUUUGAUUAUGUGUUGAGCUUUAAGUUGCUGAAGUUCCAGUCUGUCAAGUCAGUAACCCGAUCAAAUGAUGCAGUUCAUGCUGCUGUUCAGCCGGCAGGGGAAGCUGCGGCUUCAGAAAUGGUAUGUUCCUCUGUCUGACAAGGAGAGGAAGAAGAUCUCCAGAGAUCUGGUCCAGACCAUACUGGCCAGGAAGCCUAAGAUGUGCAGUUUCCUGGAGUGGAGGGACCUCAAGAUUGUGUACAAAAGAUAUGCCAGCCUGUAUUUCUGUUGUGCCGUCGAGGAUCAAGAUAAUGAGUUGAUCACUCUGGAGAUCAUUCACAGAUAUGUGGAGCUACUGGACAAAUAUUUUGGCAGCGUUUGUGAGCUGGAUAUCAUCUUCAACUUUGAGAAGGCCUACUUUAUUCUGGAUGAGUUCCUGCUGGGUGGAGAAGCUCAGGAAACCUCCAAAAAGAAUGUGCUGAAGGCCAUUGAGCAGGCUGACCUGCUGCAGGAGGAAGCCGAAGCACCACGGAGCGUCUUGGAAGAAAUUGGGCUCACAUAGAAACUGCCUUUGGUUUCACAUUGAGAUGAUCACAUCCUUUUUGUCUUUUCCUGUCUGUAGUGUCAGUGUUAUAUGUAUAUAAUCAGCAUCAUUGUAUUGUACUGUAAGGUCCAUUUAAUGCGGUGCCAUAUGUGGUUUUGGUGCGUCUCUACAAUAUCCUGUAAUAUUUAGCAUCAAUUUCUUCAAACCUCCAAACUAAACCAAUGUAGCACCAUAUCUCACCACUCCAGAACAUUUUUUUUUAGACUCCAGCUAUCAAUGCUUGCAGAAUCUGUUAGUGCACAAUUAGUGAACAGUUGUUCACUGAUAAGAAGUCACAGUAUUUUUAGCUUUCACAAUAUCUAAAUGAGUAUUUAAGUAGAGCGAACUUGGACAAAUGGUGAAAACUUCAACUGUAUGCGCGGAUUCUUGGGAACAAAUAUCGUUGGAAAUUGCAUUUAUUGGAUUUAAAUGUUUUGUCAGUGAGGAAGUGGUGAUUGCUUUCAAUAUUUUCUAUUUUGUGCCAACUUUUUUUUAGGGUUAUAAUGCGCACAGUAAUGCAUUUCUGUACCAUGAGAACUUAGGUUAAAAUUCACAGGAUCUUAUUGUUACAGGAUGUUUUAUACAUUGCUAGAUUAGAGCGCCAGUAUUGCUUUUUGUGUUGAUUACUCUUGCAGAACAAAACAGUUUACAUUUGUUGAACCUGGUGGUUUAUGAGUUUGCUGCAUCUUGCCAAGCCUCCUUCUGUUGUCUAUAUCGUCAUGAGUAGCAAUUAGCUCUCCUCUGAAAGUCUUCAAGUGAAAUGUUACAUUUUUUGUGAUAAGUCUGCAUUUGUUCCUUUCUCUAGUCUUCAGGACAAAAAUAGUGACUUAGAAACACUGUUAUAUAACCACUGAUGAAAGGUUUGGUUCAUUGUUAGACAGACUAACUUAUGACCAAAGAACACUGUGUUUAAUCUUGUUAAUGGUGUCUAAAGGCCAGAAUAACAGAAAAAGGGAAUUCCAUAGACUGUAUUUUAUUUUCUGAGCUUUUUAGAUAAGUGAAAGAAUCAGAUGCAUGAGAGGUAUCCAUUAGCCUAACUCAGUUUAAAAGCAGAUGAACAAGAUGGAUGAUCUUGGACAAUACAGUUUGUUUUUUCUGCAAUCAAGACCAUUAUUGAGCAAAACCAUCUCUGAUUUGUGCUGAAUAACUUGUUCAAUAUUCAACACUGCCAAUGGUUUUUCUUAAACAAUAAAUGUAUU